UCCUGCGGUACCUGGCUCCUAUAUCUACCCAGGUAACCCGCCCAUCUCAGACAGAACCAUCAGCACUCCAGACGGGUGAACAUCAGCAGAUAGAGCUUCACAAAGAACUUGACUUAAUAUUAUUUCGGCAACAUUUAGCUUACUUUCGCAGUUGUUUGUGAAGUUCAUUUUACGUUGGAUCUCAUUUCUUAAUAUUCUUAAGAGAUGUGGAAAUUUAUCAUACUUUUAGGAAUAACGAUAGGUGGCGCUGCUGCCCAGGGUCAACAAGGUCAGUCUGGACAGGGACAGGGACAGGGAUCCCAGUUCAACUCGCCAUGUCUACAGAUGUUUGACCAGAAUUUCAGGAAGUGUUUCAAAGAUAAUGGAAACUUUGAACUGGAGGUCAUCUUCUCGCUGGUUACCAACGGUUCCAGUGGACCACUGCCACAAGGAACAUCCAGACAACAGCUGAUGCCGGUCGUCUGCGGAAACCGAGAAAAGGUUGACGCAUGCGUGAAACCCAUCAUCCAGAGCAUCCAGGUACAGUGCAGUGAUCGCGAGAAUAUGAUGAUGGACUCCACCAUUCAGUCCACCGGAAGAGCCAUCGCCGUCAUGUGUGGUGUUACACCUGAAAUGCCCCCUUGUUUGAAAAAGUUCGACGACAAUUUCAAAUCCUGCAUGACCCAGCAGAAAAUCAAUCAUGACAACUACUUCAAACUGUUGGCCAACCAGACCGAAGGAACCGGGAUGACAUUUCCACAACUUAGAGAUAGCACCUGCAACAAACCAACACAACAGGUCAUCGUUGGUUGUGCAUCAGGUGGUUUACAAUCACUUGCCAACGAAUGUACAAAACAGGAACAAUUCAUGGUCGGCCAAACCCUCCAGAACAUGAUGGCGUCAUACCAGGCUGUAUGCACGGGCCAGCCUCUUGUCGGUCCGGGUAGGGCUCCCAGUGCUUGUCUCCAGAAGUUCGAGGAAGAGUUGAACCAGUGUUCAAUUGACACCAUGGGCGCUCCUUUAAAUGACAUCAUGAUUCUGUUGACCCGAGGCCAGGUCCCAGAAGGACAGGACAUCCAGAAACUUAACAAAACAAUUUGCGACAACUUCCAUAGUUUUGAAGAAUGUGGUAAAAAUGUGGUAAUCAAGAACCAAUGUAAAGGAAAAGAUCUGCUUAUCUCGGAGGGAACAUUCGCCAACGUGAUCAUCACGGUCGGGGCUUACUGCCAUGAUACCACCGUCCCCGGAGCCUGUAUGCUCACCCUCCAACAACAGUUCACUAAAUGCUUCGGUCAGGUCGGUCUUGAUCCAGCUGUAUAUUUCUCCAAUAUCACCGCUCACAAAGGAGCCAUUCUUGGAACCAACAAAGCUAUGGCUGACAAAUAUUGCAGCAAAAAGAGCGAACUUUACACAUGCAUGAAGAAGGUUAUGCACCAAUGUCCAGGUGCCGAGCAGACAAUGGCAAUGACAGGAUUUGAUCUGGUGUCCAUGGAGCGGGCUGUGAGCAUUCUUUGUGACGAUAUUCCAGAGUAUCUUGCCGGAAUUGAUUGUUUUGCUAAGCCCAGUGACAAAGCUCGAGUCUGUAUCGCUAACAUGGGACGCGACAUCACUCAAAUGUCCGCAAACCAGAUGGCCAAAGGAAUCAGUUUAGAUGGAUUUUUGAACGAGUUCUGCAAAAUCCGUGUUGAUCACGUGACCUGUGACUCCCAAGCCUGGCCAACCUGCGACCCCAGAGCUAUUGCCCUUAAGACCAAAUUUGAGUGCCACUUGCUUCCUGUCAGAUGCCACGACGUAAACGAGGACGAAAUCUCCAAAGUCUGUCCAGCUGAUUCUCGAGUAAAGCCACAUACAUGCGUCGAUGAUGUGAAAGUCAACAUUGGAAACUGUUUGGCCCCAUACAACAUCGAUCCGGAGACCUUCAUCGUCAACGUUACACAUGACCGUAGCAACAUGAUAGGCAGCCGAUCUCAAGCUCAAAACUUUUGCCAGAAUAGGCAAUCCGUUUUCAAAUGUCUGCGCGACACCUUGGACAGUUGUGCCGGAGCCUCCGAACUCUUAGCGUACUGGGGACACCAACAGGACCUUCUGGAAGAUGCUUUGGAUCUCCUCUGCCAAAACAUGGAUGGAUAUGAGAAACUCUCUACUUGUGCAAGGGGUGCAACAUCCCAGAUCAACCAAUGUCAGAAAAAUUCCGAGAUGAAGAUUGGAGAUUUAACAAAUCUAAGCCCCAACAGUCAGACAUCGUCUUCCUACUACACACAGUUCUGCAGCGUCCGAUUGGAACAACUUCAAUGUGACCUGAACGCUGUCAAGAGUUCAUGUGACGCAGCCUCAGUGGGCCUGAAGACCGAGUUUGAGUGCAACCUUAUCCAGGACAGGUGUCAGGGGCUGAAGCGGGCCGACUUCAACCGGAUCUGCAAUGUUAACAACUACGCACGCGCAAACCGAGUGCGUAAUAGCGGCGGUUCACCACAGAAUACGAUCACCAAUAACAAACCCAAUGUACAAGGCGGACAGGAAGGCAAUAAUAGUGCUGGUGGACUAUUUAACAUCUCAGCUACACUAGUCACCAUAGGUCUAUCUCUUCUUGUAUUCUUAUAGAUUAAACUGUAGUGAUAUUUACUCUAAAUCACAUGCCAUUACCGAAAUACCAAAUUCAGUCAUGAAGAAACCUUUCGUGUUUCUGAUUUAGUCAAUUAACUUUGGCUUAUAUUGAAUAUGGCAUUAAGGUUGAAAAAACUGAAAAAAGCUUUUAGAAUAUGAAUACUAGUAGGCUAUUUUAGAGGAAUCUUUAAUGAGAUAUAGAUAAUCUGAUGACGUCAUACAGACCGAGGAAAUCUGUGGGAGGAAUAAUGUCUCGAAAAUUCUUAUAGAAAAAAAAAGAAGAAAAAGAAAAUGUGAUAAAGCAAAUCCUGUAUAAAGCUACAAAUGACGCAAUUAUACUGCGGUCGACAUCCGCUCGGUGACCAAGGGUGCGUUGUAUGCUGUGAUGAUUCCACGAAUCCACUUUUUGUAUUAUGUGUGUUUUGUAUUUAUGUGUGUGCGUGUUCUUGCAAGAAAUAAUUUAUGUAUAUGUUUUCCGAUCAUAAUGAGCGCUCAUUCUGAUCCUGUUGAUUUUUAAUAAAAAUAUGAUUUAUAAAAAUAA